GGGCCGGGCCCGUGAGGGGAGCGAGAGAUGGCUCAGGACAGCGAGGCGCCUCCGGCCAAGCGGCUCAAGGCGGCGCCCCCCGGCACGCCGCCCCAGAGCGCCGCGCCGCCCGCACACGUGCAGCGCCGCUCCCUGCCCAUCUCCGGAGCCCGCGGGCCGCUGCUGGCCCGGCUCCGCCGCCUCGACACCGCUGUCCUCAUCGGAGAAACAGGCUCGGGGAAGACCACUCAGCUCCCUCAGUACCUGUACGAAGUGGGGAUUGGCCACCCCGGCACCAUCGCCGUGACCCAGCCCCGCAGGGUGGCAGCUGUCACCCUGGCUGCCCGAGUGGCUGAGGAGAAGAGGACGGAGCUGGGGAGGCUGGUGGGCUACACGGUGCGCUUCGACGACUGCUCGUGUGCCGAGACCAGGAUCCGGUUCCUGACGGACGGGAUGCUGCUGCGGGAGGCCAUCGGGGACCCUCUGCUGCACAAGUACAGCGUGGUCAUCCUGGACGAGGCCCACGAGAGGACCAUCCACACGGACGUGCUCUUCGGGGUGGUCAAAGCCGCUCAGAAGAAGCGAAAGGAGCGGGGCCUGCGGCCACUGAAAGUGAUUGUCAUGUCAGCCACGAUGGAUGUGGACCUGUUCUCCCAGUACUUCAAUGGAGCUCCUGUCAUCUAUCUGGAGGGCCGGCAGCAUCCCAUUGACAUCUUCUACACCAAGGAGCAGCAGAGUGACUACCUGCAGGCAGCACUGGUGUCCAUUUUCCAAAUCCACCAGGAAGCCCCUGCAUGCCAGGACAUCCUGGUGUUCCUGACUGGUCAGGAAGAAAUUGAAGCAAUGACCAAAACCUGUCGAGACGUUGCCCAGCACCUCCCCGAGGGCUGCCCACGGAUGACAGUGCUGCCCCUUUAUGCUUCUCUGCCCCACUCCCAACAACUCCGUGCCUUCAAACCUACCCCUGAGGGCUGUCGCAAAGUUAUCCUCUCCACCAACAUCGCGGAAACCUCCAUCACCAUUGCGGGCAUAAAAUUUGUUGUGGACACGGGCAUGGUCAAAGCCAAGAAGUACAGCCCUGAAACUGGCCUGGAAGUGCUGGCAGUGCAGCAGGUGUCCAAGGCCCAGGCCUGGCAGCGCACGGGCAGAGCUGGGAGGCAGGAGAGCGGGAUCUGCUACCGGCUCUACACAGAGGAGGACUUUGAGAAGUUUGAGGAAAUGACAACACCUGAGAUACAGAGGUGUAACCUGGCUAGUGUGGUGCUUCAGCUCCUGGCCCUGAAAAUUCCCAAUGUGCUCACCUUUGACUUCAUGUCCAAACCAUCUCCUGAUGCUAUUCAAGCAGCAAUUGAUCAGCUGGACCUGCUGGGGGCUGUGACCCACAAGGAAGGUCAGCUUGUCCUGACCCCCUUGGGAAAGAAAAUGGCAGUCUUUCCACUGGAUCCAAAGUUCUCCAAGGCCAUCCUCCUGUCACCCAAGUUCCACUGUGCAGAGGAGAUCCUGACCAUCGUGUCACUGUUAUCAGUGGACAGUGUCCUCCACAACCCCCCUGCCCAGCGGGAUGAGGUGCAGGCUGCCAGGAGGAAAUUCAUCUCCAGUGAGGGGGAUCAUCUGACCCUGCUCAACGUGUACAGGGCCUACAAGAAUGUCAAUGGGCACAAGGGAUGGUGCAGAGAGAACUUUAUCAAUGGCAGGAACAUGAAGCUGAUGGCAGAAGUCAGAGCUCAGCUCAGGGACAUUUGUAUAAAGCUGUCGAUGCCCCUCGAGUCGUGCCGCGGCGACACGGGCAGCGUGCGGCGCUGCCUGGCCCACGGGCUGUUCAUGAACGCGGCCGAGCUGCGGCCGGACGGCUCCUACGGCACGGUGGACUCGCAGCAGGCGGUGGCCAUCCACCCCUCCUCGGUGCUGUUCCAGGCCAAGCCGGCCUGCGUGGUGUACACCGGGCUGCUGCGCACCAGCAGGUGCUACAUGCGCGACCUGUGCGUGGUGGACGCCGAGUGGCUGCACGAGGCCGCGCCCGAGUACUUCCGCAGGAAGCUCCGCAUGGCCAACAACUGACCCUGGGACCAGCUGGCUUUUUCAGCUCCGCCUUGAAAGACUUAUUUUUCUAAAAAUUUAAUGGAUAGAUGUAUAACCGUGUUUUUUAUAACCUCAAGGAACGGGAUGGGUAUUUAUUUACAUUAUGUGUUUUUUCCAGAAUAAAGAAGUGAUGGUGAAAAUCCCAA